GGCACCACCACCUUCCCCCGAGCUCGAGGGAGCUCGUGUAUUCUCGUCCAGUGUCGAGUACUUCCGAAUGCCCAGAUCUGUCGAACCACUUUUACGGAAACACAAUUUCUAAAGACUAAGCAGGAUAAUCGUCGUGCAAAGAGGAGCUAUGGUUAGAGCAAAUCUGACUCUGGAGGACCUGACGGACGAUGAUAGCGAGGUCGACUUGGGGUCAAUACAGACGGCAUCAGCAUUCGACACCGGCCGUUCUCGAUCUUCUUUAUCUCUUUCCUUUGACCUACCACCUUCAUCUCCUGCGAUAUCCCUGAAAUCGGCAUUCGGUUCGCCUUCGUCUCCAGAACUGAUCAAAGUAUUACGUCCCAACGCCCUAUCGCGUUCUCAAACAUUGCCACGCGUUCCUCAAACCGAGGUCAAACCAAGGAGGGGGCGGUCUGAUAUAGAAGGACUUGUGGUAGCCGAUGAUGUACUGGAAAAAAUCAGACGGUGGAUUUUGGGUAUAGCUAUAGUCGACUUUGACAUCGACUCGGGUCCUGUCGUCAACGGGAUAUUUCCCCCCUUGUUUCUUUUACCAGAAGAGUCGGAAAACAUCGCAUUUUUGUCGUUUCCUGAUUCGUUACAGUUUGAUCAAGGCUCGCAGAACCAUUCUUUCCGUAUCCGCGAGCAUCAACUUUCAAUAUCAAGUGAAAAACGCCCGCCUCCCAUUGAUGGGUAUAUAUACGGCUUUUCUCAUUUUAGUCAAAGACGAGAUCCUGCAUCGAAGCGGGGCUAUGAGCAACGCUCCCUCGUAUUUCUUACUCAUCUCCCUUAUCCGGCGCUCUUCACAUCACUAUGCUCGAUAUUCGGCCCACUGUUUUCAGCGCAUGGGCUACCGAUGCUAGAGACUGCCUGUCAUAACAUCGCUACAUGGUCGGACCCGACGCCCGGAGCGACUGUCGAACUGGGUUUCUUAGGCUCGGUACUCCAAGUGGAGGUACCACAUUCUGCCGACGAACAACAGCUUACGGAAUGUAAUCCCAAAUCCCAUAUCCUAGCAUCGUCAUCCCCGUUCUUACCCCCGCCUGUGCUUCUCUUUGAAGCUUCCCUCUCACAUCUUUGGUCAAUAUGGGAAUGCCUGGUUCUUUGUGAACCCAUAUUGAUAUUCGGCCCAUCUCCGUCUCAGACAAGCCAGGCGAUAUGGUGGCUCAGGGACCUCUUACGUCCUAUUCCUACUGCUGGAGACAUUCGACCGUACUUCACUAUCCAUGAUAGAGAUCAUAGUGCAUUGGUUAACAAACUUCCUCCGAAGUCUGGUCUGCUUCUCGGAGUGACAAAUCCCUUCUUUGAACGAUCGUGUUUGCACUGGCCGCAUGUUUUAAGUCUAGGACGACGAAUUCCACCCAACACAGCAACGAAAAGCGCCAUGUCGAACGUUACUCCUGGACCUUCUCCGGGCUGGAAGACCAAAGUACAUAAACGGUAUAUAUCGAAAGACCAUGCCCUGUUGAAACAGCUUGAAUCGGCAUGUCGUGGUACCGAGCAAGAACGAAUGUCCGUAUCAUGGGCUUUGCGGAGACAUUUCUAUUCGCGCUCAAACGAGCUUUUGAUCCCUCUAACGAGAUAUCUGAAUACUCUGAUACCUACGCCCUCGGAGGUCGCUGGACAUCAGCAUAACUCACGUUUAGGUCCUCUUCGACUCAAACCGUUCAAUACGUCUGCGUUCUUCGCUUCAUUGAAGAUUCAUGGAAGUACCCUGCCGUUUCGCUCAACGAGUAAGCGGAAGGACUUUUAUGAAAGAUGGCUCAAAACACCGUCUUUUGGACUUUGGCUUGCUCAGCAGGAGCAGAUUGUUCAGGGUGUGCUGAAGCAGAGUCUCGAUACCACGGCAUAGACCUCACGUUGUAAAGUUUCUUAUAAAUAUAUACCUUGUACAUUUUGGAGGACAUAAUGACACAAAUGUUUUACUUAAC